GCCUGUUCAGUUUUUAGAUGACCUUUGAAUUGUCAACAAUGGCUACCCUUAUUGGUUGCACUCGUACGAUCUUACGAUGUCACGGUGUUUUUCAGCACACAUUGGCCUUACGAAGCGCACGCCAAUCAACAAUGGCGAGCGUCGAGCUUACUCUUGAUGUUAAACGUCGAAUUGAAGAAGUUAGACAACGAGCACUGCUAGGGGGUGGAGAACAACGUAUACAAGUACAACAUAAAAAGGGAAAGUUAACAGCAAGAGAAAGGAUUCAACUUUUGGUUGAUGAUGAUAGUUUUAUUGAAUAUGACAUGUUCCUUGAGCAUAAUUGUGCAGACUUUGGUAUGGAAAAACAGAAAUAUCCUGGUGAUAGUGUUGUAACUGGCAGGGGUCUAAUCAAUGGCAGAACUGUUUUUGUAUUUAGUCAGGACUUCACCGUUUUUGGAGGAAGUUUGUCUGGUGCACAUGCUAAAAAAGUUUGCAAGAUAAUGGAUCAGGCAAUGUUGGUUGGUGCUCCUGUUAUUGGACUAAAUGAUUCAGGUGGUGCUAGAAUUCAAGAAGGUGUUGAGUCUUUAGCAGGCUAUGCAGAUAUAUUUCAGAGAAAUGUAGAGUCUUCAGGUGUUAUCCCUCAGAUAUCUAUGAUCAUGGGACCUUGUGCAGGUGGAGCUGUAUAUUCACCUGCUCUCACAGAUUUCACCUUUAUGGUCAAGGACUCUUCUUACCUCUUUAUAACUGGGCCUGAUGUUGUUAAGUCAGUGACCAAUGAAGAUGUGACACAAGAAGAGUUGGGUGGAGCUAAAACACAUACAACAAUUUCAGGUGUUGCACACAGAGCAUUUGAAAAUGAUGUAGAUGCUUUGAUGAAUCUGAGAGAAUUUUUCAACUACCUACCUCUAAAUAACCAGGAUCAGGCACCAAUACGAGAGUGUGAUGACCCAUGGGACAGAGUUGUGCCAGGUUUGGAUACAGUUGUGCCCCUUGAAUCUACAGCAGCCUAUGAUAUGCAUGAUGUCAUCACAGGCGUUAUUGAUGAACAAGAAUUUUUUGAGAUUAUGCCCACAUAUGCUAAAAAUAUUAUAGUUGGAUUUGCACGUAUGAAUGGUCGUACUGUAGGCAUUGUGGGUAAUCAACCAAAAGUAGCAGCUGGUUGCCUGGACAUCAAUGCAUCAGUUAAAGCUGCGAGAUUUGUCAGGUUUUGUGAUGCCUUCAACAUCCCCAUCAUCACAUUUGUUGAUGUUCCAGGCUUUCUACCAGGUACGACUCAGGAGUAUGGUGGAAUCAUUCGACAUGGAGCUAAACUCUUGUAUGCAUUUGCAGAAGCCACAGUGCCUAAAAUAACAAUCAUCACAAGAAAGGCCUAUGGUGGAGCAUACGAUGUCAUGAGCUCCAAACAUCUAAAAGGGGACAUAAACUAUGCCUGGCCCACAGCUGAAGUUGCUGUAAUGGGUGCAAAGGGUGCAGUUUCCAUCAUAUUUCGAGGCAGCAAAAACCAAAAAGACAAUGAAGAUGAAUAUAUAGAAAAGUUUGCCAAUCCAUUUCCUGCUGCUAUAAGAGGGUUUGUGGAUGACAUAAUUGAGCCCCGUACAACCAGAAUGAGAAUCAACAGAGACCUGGAUAUGUUGUCCAGCAAAACCCGGUCUAACCCAUGGAAAAAACAUGCCAACAUUCCAUUGUAAUAAAAGUUUGGAUUAGCUGUUAGAUCUGACGAGUGUCAAAUUCUACUGUAUUGAGCUGGCUUCAUGUAGUUGUAGGGUAACCUGCCUGCCCCCACCCCGUGGUGUGUGAUGCCAGUACCACCCAACAGACAGGCUUUACUGUAAAUACAUUGUUACUAUGUAUGAAUGCUAUACAAUGUGCUGUGAUUCUAAAGAUUUUUUUAUUCAUUUAAUUUGUGAGCCAGACGUUUUACUCACAUUAUGAGGGUCUGAAGUUUUGAAAUAUGUUUUAUGUGGUCAAGAUUGAUGCUUAAAUAUUGUACUCAAAUUUUAAGCAGGUGAACUUCUCUAACCAGAUAUUAGUUUACAUUUAUUUGUAAAGGUUUUGUUUGUGUGACAGUUUCUAUACAUGCUCAAUGUUAUUAUAUGUAUUGUUGCAAUAAAAUUGUGUAUCUAUUCAAUC